AUGGCCGGAUGUAAUUUGCCCAAACGGGUCAGCUCCAACGUGCUCGAUAUAUGCCCAGGACCAAGACGGUGCGAGAUAUUCCUUGGGUCGUUUAUUUUUAGUGGUAUUCCGUCGUUGUGCACUCCAUGUCAAAUGGAAUACGAAGUCUUUUUCCCAAAGGCCCCCAACAUAUCCGUCUUUGAGAAUGCGCUGCAUGGUCCUCGCCAUGCCACUGAGAGCGACGAGCUUAUCUUUAGCGAAGGUUAG